GGAGAAUCAGACCCAGUCUUUUUGCAUUGCGCAGAGUCUGUUCGUAUUUUUUUCUUGGUUCUGCUUAUUCCCCUUCCUCUCUCGGUUUCUUCUACUACCACCUUCUUAUUGACACAUACAUAUAUGGCCACUACUCCAGAAGUUAAAUCCGAAAAGUAUGUCCGAGGUGUGUCGUUUGACACAAUGACCGAUAAGGACUUGCCGGAUUACUCGUUUACUUUACGAGGCAAGACGCCCGGCCAUAAGCGGACACGCCGAACUCGUACAUUCAUGGUUGCCACCGACCUCGCCAACUACAGUGAAUACGCUUUGACUUGGGCGAGCAAUGAAGUCAUGGAUGACGGCGAUGAAAUCAUUGUAUUACGUGUAGUGACGGUGGAUAUGAACGAUAAAAGAUCGAACUUGCAAGCACUCCUACAACAUGAGGAGCAGCAGUCGAGGGAAAACGCUCAUAAAGUGAUGGAAAAGAUCAUGACUAACAGUGGCCCUGAUAAAAAGAUCAGUGUUAUUAUCGAGUUUGUCAUUGGCAAAGUCCAAGAGACCAUCCAGCACAUGAUUUCGAUGUAUCAGCCCUCGCUUUUAAUUGUUGGCACACGUGGUUUGUCCGAAUUCAAGGGCAUGCUCUUGGGAAGCGUCUCCAAGUACUGUCUCCAACACUCGCCUGUGCCAGUUGCUGUCGUUCGUCCCGAUGACAAAAUCAAAAAGUAUAAGGGCAAGAAGGGUAGAUUUGGAUUGAAGCGAUUGGGAGGCAGCAACACAAGCGAAUCCUCGAGUAGUGAUGAAGAGCAACAGACACGUGCUGUGGAUAAAAAAUUCAAUCGUCUCUCACUUAUUGAAAGAUAUGGUCGCCGUUCUCGCUCUCCGUCGCCUGCCCCUAGUAAAUCCUCGUCGAAGUAGAGAAAUCAACAUAACAUUACUACGCACGCUACGACCGAGGCCUAUCCUCUUCCCACACACAUACACACACGCACUAUGCAACACUCCCACUUUCAACCAUUUUCUCUCUCUUUCCUGUAUAUCUAUCUUACAUGCUAUUACAUAAAAUGUACCCUUUAUUCUGUUCUCAACUUCUGCCAACUGCAUAAUUUAGUAAGAGUAUGUAUCUAACAUCAG